UCUCAAGGCCUCAACGGAACCUACCGAACAUCACUCGCUCACCUGGUAUUUUCAAUCGCUUUUCUAGUUUAGAUUUUGUAGAGGAUCAUUCGUAUCCACUAAACGCAGAGCCACUUGAUCACGAAAAACCCCCCAAACAGUAGUUUUGAUCGAAGGGAUAUGAAAAGUACUUGGACAAGAUGCAGGGGCGGUCGAAAUCAAACUUCAAUUGCCUCACAGAGAAAUGAGAAGUAUACUGGCGUUAAUACUGGGAAAGAGGCUAGAAUUGAGAAGUCUAUUUGCGUUAAUUCUGAGUUAAUACAGGAGCUAAGUCCGGCGGCCAGUACGCCGGCACCUGCUGCAGCGUCGAAAUCUGGCGCUAUGGGGUCGGUGGCCCUUCGAAGUGGCCAUGGCAGCGGCGAUGAAAACCUGUCAAACCAUGGCAUCUUCACGUGGGCAGACAUUGUGAAAGCGGGAAAGGACAAAAUACUUGCUGGACCGAUCUUAGCCACAGACUCAGACCCAUCCUCAAUGGAUAAUUCGGCUGGAAAUAUAGACACUCACGGCUGAAUUAACUGAGACAGAGACGAGAAUUAUCUCCAAGGAAUCGGAAAAAUUCCUUUUCUAUGGGGAAGAUGCUUUGAUUCCAUCAAAAUUGAAUCCAAAUUUUUUAAAUUCACCGUCAGAAAUAGCGAAAUGAUCAUUUUUGAAUUCAUUGAAUCAGUGCUGCAAAAGAUCAAUUUCCAAACGGACCUAGCCCCUCACCUCAAAUCAUCCAGUUCAUCUCCCGUCUCACAAAUAUUGAACCGAUUAUUUUUAAGCAGAAAAGGCGAUUUGGAUUCAUUAGUGUUUCUUUAGAAAUGAACAGAUCAUGAUACUACGUGAAAAUUGCCAAAGAUAGGGAGCUCCAUCAAUAUUCCUAUAGGUCCACAGAAUUCUAGCCUGAUUGACUUUCUGGCCACUUUUUCAAAUUUUGCAGAUGGGACUAACUAAUUUUGUGAAGGAGGGUCAGACUAUUUUAGCACACCGGAUAACAGAAGACUUAGAUUCACCCAUAUCCAAAAAUCUUUUUCACUAGGAUAUUUUGUUAGCGGGCAUCAACAAAUCACACAAUAUUUGUGGUUUUGACGACGAGGAUCUAGAACCGUCUAAAUUUCAAGCACAAGAAAACUUUUUCUCAGAAAUGUCCAAGGUUAUCUUUCACACAUUAAGGAAUCAGAUAUCCCUAAGGCGCUUCCAGAACAGAUUAACUCUCCCGAAAUGAACAAGGACAACCAUAAGGAAAACUCUUCUCACCCUAUGGUUAUCAUAAGUCAAUCACGAACCCAUAAAAUAGAUGACUUCACAGAAGGAUUGAUAACUAGAAGUCAAUCAAAAACGCUCCAAGAUGAUGAAGACUAUUACAUCUACCCGAUUUACUCAAACUAUGAUUCAUCUCAAAAGCUAGUAACCGGACUUGAACAUUAUAAGUCAGCACACCCAUAUGAAAAGUCGUACCCUCCUUAUCUCCAACGGGCUAUCCAUUUUCACCAUAAAUACAACCGGAUGCUCUCAACCAAAUUAGGUGUGCCUACAACGAAUGUUAUUUGUUAACUCUUUCUCUUGUGACUUUAUCUUGUACUUUCCUUUAUCGAUCUUUGUACUUGUAACCCUUUUCUUAAUAAACUGGAAAGUGUUCC